AAUGCCAGCCACAAGUACAAUCAAGCAGUUUUCAAUGAACACCUCUUUUACCCUUGGCAUCCCGGAUACACUAGCUUGCCCGCUUCAAAGAGAGUCACGGAUAUGUACGAGUUCAUGAACAGUUAAAAGUCUUGUUCAAAACCGAGGAACUAAAGAAGUUGAAGCCAGUGAUUGAUUGUUUCAUCCAAAUUACCCAUCCGGAUAAGCAAGAUGCACUUGAUAGCUUCCCCUAUGGUUCUGAUUGAUAAGAGAGAUCAGAUGCUUGUUAAGCAAGAUAUCCAAAAAAAAUCCAAUGGCAGAUUAUGCCUAAAUACUUCUUCUGCUGUAAUCUUGCUUAUGCAGACAUUACAAAGCUCAGAAACCGUUCUUUUAGCCUCCUCCAACUCACCACCACUCGUGCUACGUAACCCCAGCGGCGUUAAUGACGACGUUGACAUCGAUUUCGGUGACGUGUUCGGUGGUCCUCCCAAGAGACGCUCUAAAGUAGUUGUAGCUAAUAAUAACGAAGCCACGCGGCAUAGCUUCAGCGAAUCCGCUCUCCGGCGUCGUGACGUCAUCUCCGACGUCGGCGCUCUGGUUACUCAAGACGAGAAGCCUGUCUUCGGAGAAGAGACGACGUCGGUCCGGCGUCGUUUCACCAGCGAUGAUUUCUUCGACGAUAUUUUCAGAGUGAAUGAAUCUUCUUCGCCGAUGAUGAAGAAGGAACGUGAACCGUUCGGGUCAUCACUUCCGGGUUCUCGGAUCCUUAGCCCGGCUCUCAAACCCGAAUCUUCAGGGACUUCGUUUCCUGCUCAGUUCAGUCUUCCCGCAAAAGCAACAGAGAUUCCCACAUUUGGUUCAGCUAGUACUCGUAGUUUAAGCAAGAACAAAGAAACUGUUUCGAGCUCUCCUUUGUCAAGAACUUCUAGCAAAGCCGAUAAGGUCUCUACUGGUAAAUCAGAUUCAGAUGGUUGUUGUGAUGAUACUCCAAGAGUUGUUGUUACUGGCAAAGGCAGGCAGUUUCAUUUCUCUAUCUACAAGUGGCCUAAUAAAGGAGUUCCUGUUGUCAUUUGGGGCAGUUCUAGAUUGAGUUCUAUGUCUAAAGCUGAGGAGACAACAACCCCUGUGACAUUGAGUGGUCCUCAAUCUACUUCUUCUGUUGAGAAAGCGGGUAAAGAUGUUGAAGAAGAAGGAGAAAUUGGUUUAUCUAAUUUGAAUGAGAAAAAGAAGACCUCCAAGAAACGUCCUGGUGUUCAGACAGAGGAAGUGAAAACAGAAUUUGAUUUGGUGUCUGAACAGGCCUUCUCUGGUGUGUCAACGGCGCGUAAAGCUACUGUGAAAUCUCUUCAUUCAGUUGAUUCGAUGUCUGAACAGGCCUUCUCUAGUGUCUCAAAAGCGUAUGGAGCUACUGUGAAGCCUCUUCAUUCUAUUUUUAAGGAUAAUAAUGAGAAGCAAGGUGAGGAAAUAAGACCAGAGGGAGAAGUGAGAAAAGGUAAAGGCAAAGCCAAGAGCACGCGAAGUUCUACUGAAGAUUCAAGAACAAAGAAGAAACCACAAGGCAUGAAAAGUUCUUUGGAUAGCCCGAUACCCGAUAAAUCCAGCUUCGCAAGUUCAUCCGCAACACCAGAAGUUGGCAAAGAUGGAGCCAAAGGAAAAGUGAGUGACUUUGUUAAGAUUUUCAGUCAAGGAGCUUCAGUUGGAGCAGGUGGGGAAUCUCUUGGAAAAAGCUCAAGAUGGAGGAGAGCUAAAGAAACUCCCAAGACUGAUAUUAAACAUGACAGUGCUAAUGCCAAGGAAACUGUAAACGUUCCUGAUCAACUAAAGAAAUCGACUUCAGAUAUCCCUGCUAAUGAUCGGGAUCAGAAGCGUCCAGAAGCAACUCAGGAAAAGGUUUCAGAUCGGGAGAGCCCGAAGAAUAAUAAGGCUCGUGGUGUUAAUGAACAAGAAGAGCGUCAAGAACCAACCACAGCACAUACAACCUCAGAGGAUAUAGAUGAGCCCUUUCAAGUAAACUUUGAUGUGGAGGAUAUAACACAAGAUGAAAACCAAAUGGAAGAAACCACUAAUAAUGGUGAAGAAAUCCAGAGCAUUGAUGCUAAAAUUCGCAAGUGGUCAAGCGGAAAGAGCGGAAACAUUCGGUCUCUUCUGUCUACGCUGCAAUAUAUUCUUUGGUCCGGGAGCGGGUGGAGACCAGUUCCUCUAAUGGAUAUGAUAGAAGGAAACGCCGUUAGAAAAUCGUACCAGAGGGCAUUACUAAUCCUUCAUCCAGACAAACUACAACAAAAGGGUGCCUCUUCAAACCAAAAAUACAUGGCUGAGAAAGUUUUCGAGUUAUUACAGGAAGCAUGGGACCACUUCAACACUCUCGGACCGGUUUAAAAGGAAAAAUCUUUUUAAGUGUUUUAGUUCUUACAAGUUACAACCAAAGGCUAUUAGUUCUUACAACCAAAGGCUAUGUAUGUACAGAUACACGGUUCUGAUGAAUCAAAGAAGAUGUUUGCAGAAUACAGAAGAAUCAAAGAAGUUGUCAAAGGUUUUACAGAAACA